AUGGCAAUGCUGAAGGAUCUCGCCUUCACUUUAGAUAUAGAAAAAAUCUUGCAUAUACUAAAGCUUGAGCUGUGCUCUGUUUCUAGAAUCUACUUUGUAAAUAUAUUUAACAAGACAGAUAUCUUUUCUGUAGAGAAGGAACUAACAGUACCCAAAGACUCCCUUUUAAAAAGGAAAGACGAAUCGUAUUUCGCAAGAAGUGAACUGGAAAAGCAGACACAAUACGUGGAAAUUCACGCCGCCGUCUUGGAAUAUCCCGACUGGCAAGGUGAAAGCAUCAAAACCGUGAUUGCGUGUUGCCUUCUUGUGGCCGUUUCCGCCGGUGUAGACCGAAGUAGAAGUGGACAAGGAUCCAACAGAUUCCUUCCUGGAGGCUUGGGUGGCGUCCACGGAGACGGUCUCUUUGGCGGCGGAAUUCAUGGUGUCGGUGGUAGUGCUAUUAUCGGAACUGGAAUCUCCAAUGGCCCAAGCCAAUGCAGAUAUUGGUGCAAGACUCCAGAAGGUCAGGCCUACUGCUGCGAGACGGUGCACGAACCAGAGACACCUGUUGGUACCAAGCCACUGGAUUGCCCACAAGUCCGUCCCACAUGCCCACGUUUCCAUGGGCCCCCCAAUACCUGUUCCAACGACUACAAGUGUGCUGGCCUCGAUAAGUGUUGCUUCGACAGGUGUUUGAGAGAACACGUAUGCAAACCUCCCUCAUUUUUCAAUAAUCAUCUCCCUUUUUAAAGGUAGUAACGUCUAAUAAAAAGUCAGUAGUUUUCCGCUUGAUAACGGAAGAUAAGAGAUCUGUGAUGUG